AUCGUCAUCAUCAUCUUCUCCCGCCAUCCCCAACCAUUUAUAAACCCCGAAAUCCCAAUUCUCAAUCGUCUCAACCCGUUCCACUGAAACUCCACCAAUUCAAGAACUGAACUUCCAAUCAAGAAUCGCCCAACUCAAAAAUGGUGCUGCGUGUCACCAUCUCCGACGCUCCCCAUCUGAAAGAAGCCAUCCAAGCGGUCCCCAUGCCGGAAUCCAAGAACGUCGUGGUGAUCUGGUGCCCGGAAUACUUCGCCGUCCUGUCCGCCCUUCAGCACCCCCCUCGCCCCGCCGGGGAAAACCCCACCACCCUCCUCAAGCUCCUCCCUCAGAGCUUCCUCACCUACGAAUGCACCGACCACCUCUUCAACGCCGUCCUCAGAAUCGACGAUCUUGAGCACCUCUUCUCCUCCGCCAGGAAUCUGGACGCCGUCGUCUUCUCACAGUCUCGCGAGGUCUGCAAUGGACUCAACGAUUUGGGGUUCUUGCUCGCCCAAUUCCAGAGGCCUCUCGUGCAAGAUAGUGCGGGAGGAGAUCAGCCCAGUAGCGAGGAAGUCAACAGCAGCAGGAUGGCAAUGCAAAUCUAUGGAAAGUUCACAGAGGGCGAAGUGAAACUUGCAGGCGCAUGUCAUGAUCCAUCUCAGAAUCCCCUGCCUCCCGUCGCCACCUUCCUCCCCCCUGCUUUCGGCCGCGUCAUGUCUGCUCUGAAAGCCAAAGGAAUGCCGGCGGUUGCGAUAGUGGUGCACAAGAAGGAGGCGUUCUUCUUGGCGGCGGAGGGAGAAGUGCGGUUUGAGCUGUCGCUGACGGCGGAGAACGGGCUGAAAUGGACAAGGGGGGACGUGGGGAGAAGCCCGGUCCGGUUCGAGUUUCCUAUGGCGAACCUGGACGUGGAACCCGGCUCGAAGCUGUCGGCGGAGGUUUCACUGUACAAGCGGUCGGAGAAGGUCUUCUACCUAUCUCGUCCAAUCGCAAAAGCCUUCGUCCAAUCGCAGAAGGCCAUUCGUAACACAGCACGCCGUUCGCCUUCGUCUCUGUCAGCCAAGCUCAUCAAGGCACCAGUGUUUGUUUUCCGCCCGACAGCCGCCAAUUGUCCUGGUUUGGCCAGGGUACAUUGGUGUUCGUCCAAUGCUGGCAGUCUCAUUCGUCCAGCAACUUCUCCACCUAUUCGUCCGUCUUUCCCUUAUUGUUGGACCGUCAUCAAAUACCCAUCAUCAACAACAGCUGUGGUGCGGUGGUGCGGUGGUGCGGUGGCAUCCUUCGUCUAUUCUCUUUGCCUAAAAUCGUCCGUCGUCAAAAGUUAGUUCCGUCAAUUCUGUUUUAUUGUAUGCAAUCUGGGCAUCAUUAUUGUCCAGUGCGAUCAACGUCCCUAAAAUUUGGACAUCGUUAUCGUCCAGUCCGAUCUACGUCCAAGAAAAAAUCUGGGCAUCGUUCUCGUCCAGCAUUUGGUUGUUUGACUUGUUUGCUAUGUAACAGUCGCAACCAGUCGUACGUACGGCAUGUCAGUUUGUGGGGGUCGGUCGUCGAUCCUCAAUCUGACAACAAUUUGUCCGUUCGUUUGUCAUCCCGCGUGGGAAUCAUUCGUCAUCAAAUUUCGCUUGUUCGUUUGCAUAACAAAUCAAAGUUUUGUCCAAAUUAUUUAUCGAGUUGUUCUAUUUUGUAUUUC